AUGGCGGCAGCGGAGAUGGGGUUCGAGCGGCGGGCGUACGCGCGGAUAGGGCUCCUCGGCAACCCCAGCGACCUAUACGGCGGUAGGGCGCUGUCCUUCACCAUCGCCGACUUCUUUGCCACGGUCCGCCUCCGCCCUUCGCCCGAGCUGCUCAUCCAGCCGCACCCAUACCACGAUCUUGUCGCCUUCCCCUCCCUCAGUCAACUUGUGAGUCGUUUGCAAAGUGAAGGAUAUUAUGGAGGCGUCCGGCUGCUGAUGGCUAUCUGUAAAGUUUUCUACAACCAUUGUAUUGAAAAUAAUAUCAGUUUAAAAGCUGAAAAUUUCACCUUAUCGUAUGAUACUAAUAUUCCUCGGCAGGCUGGGCUGUCUGGUUCGAGCGCGAUUGUCUGUGCUGCUCUAAGCUGCCUUCUUGACUUCUAUGAUGUCAGACAUCUAAUAAAAGUUGAAAUGAGACCUAAUCUAAUUCUUAACGCUGAGAAAGAGCUUGGAAUUGUUGCUGGACUUCAGGACCGAGUGGCACAGGUUUAUGGUGGACUGGUUUAUAUGGAUUUUAGCAAGGAGCAUAUGGACAAGCUGGGUCAUGGCAUAUACAUGCCAUUGGACGUGAAUCUGCUUCCUCCUCUAUACCUCAUCUAUGCACAGAACCCCAGUGAUUCUGGCAAGGUCCACAGCAGUGUUAGACAAAGAUGGCUUGAUGGUGAUGCGUUUAUAAUAUCACGUAUGAAGGAAGUAGCGCAGGUAGCAUUUAAUGGUCACAAGGCUUUGUUGCAGAAGGAUUAUACUGAGCUAGCGAGGCUUAUGAAUAAGAAUUUUGAUCUGCGAAGGGAAAUGUUUGGGGAUGAUGUACUUGGUUCAGUGAACAUAAGGAUGGUGGAGGUGGCACGCAGCGUGGGUGCGGCAUCCAAGUUCACUGGCAGCGGAGGCGCAGUGGUUGCGCUGUGCCCAGAUGGGGAUACGCAGGUGGAGCAUCUCCGCAAGGCUUGCCAGGAGGCCGGCUUUGCAGUACAGAAGGUGAAAGUUGCUCCCUCGGUGCUGACGGAUGAGGAGCUGUCAAGUUUAUUAGCUUCAUAG